AUGGCGGAGGAUCUGCUGGAAGGGACGGUCCACGCAGAGGUAGCAGGAGCCACGGCGGACCAGGUGUGGAGGCUGCUCGACUUCUGCAACAUCCAGCGGGUGAUGGCAACCAUGGAGUCCUGCACCAGAGUGGAGGGCAUCGACGGCGAGCCAGGAUGCAAGAGGUACUGCGUCGGGAAGCCCACCGCCUUCGGCUAUGGCGGGGAGGCCUUCGUCCCCUGGGCGUACGAGAGGCUGCUGGCGAUCGAUCCGGCGGAGCGGAGCUACUGGUACAAGGUCACGGACAGCAAUUUAGGGCUCCGGGGGUACACCGCCGAGAUGAAGGUCAUCGACGACGGCAGCCGGUGCACGCUGGAGUGGUCGUUCACGGCGGAGUCCCUGGGGAUGACAACCAGGGACACCUUCGUGCAGAACCUCCGGGAGACACUACGGGGCAUCGCGCAGUGUAUCGAGGCCGCCGUCGCGUCGGGAGAGGCCUGA